AUACGUCAAAGGAUGCCAGGGAGGGCCCGCAUCGCCCAUCGCUCGGGUUGAGUUCCUCGCUGGCUCUCCUAGAGAAAGGAAUGUUUGGGUAGCGGCGUUGAGCGACGCUGUGGCAGAGCUGCGAGGUGAACAAUACGCCUCCUUUGUGUCGGCGAGGAUGCACCAUGAGGUCCUUGAGAGGUUUCGGAGGGACUCGGAGGGAGAUGUGCGGGAGAAAUCUCUGCAAUUGGUGAAUGCGGUUGAGGCCGGAGUCAGACGUAGAUGGGCUUUCUUCACUUGGAGGCAACUCGUGAAGGGGACGGUGCAAGUCAGCAAGCUCAAAGCCUCUGACCAGUUCGGUCGAGUAUUAAAGUCAGCUGUGGCAGCUAGGCAGGCUCGUGCAUUCCGAAUCCUCAGUUGCCAUGCUCAGAUGGCUAGGGUGGAGCAAAGGACACUUUCUAACU